AUGAACUCCACAUACAAUAACCAUGAAAUACUUGAUAGAUUUAACACACAAACUUUCUUACAAGUAACUAAAUGGAAUACUGGUCCAUGUGAUUAUAGAACAAUUGAGUAUCAAGGCUCAUUGCAACCACUAAUUAAUAAAGAAUUAGAAUCUCAAUUAACUAAGACAGGAAAUACCAAAAGUAUAUUAAGCUCAAGAAGUAAAACAAGUAAUUGCUUAAGUGAUAUAAUAUGCAAAAUUGGUCUAAAUUCAAGAAAUAGAAAUAACCAAGUAAAAGAUACAUCCUCAUAUAUCUCUGGGAAUACUGACCAUUAUAUACCAUUACCAAAUCACCCUGCUCAGUACAGUAGACUUCCAUCAGAUUACCAUUCCACUCCAUAUGAAAGAGGUCUAAAAUAUGGCGAAAUUAAUGCUCAAAAGACAAUUACGCAAUUUGGUUCCUUUGUAUACAUAGUUAAUUCAAUUAUUGGAGCAGGUUUAGUUGCAGUUCCUAGUGUGACUGUUAAUAGCGGAAUUCUAUUAUCAGUAUUAACAAAUUUCAUUUUAGCUACAGUCUCAUCAAUAUGCACUUUAAUGCUUUUACGUACAAUGACAAUGAUUACAAACAACAAUAACUUCCAAAGACGGUAUGAAUAUAUUGCAACAAUAAAAUUAUUCUCCCAUACAAAUAUUGGAAUAUUAACUGAAAUCUCAUUUCAUAUUACGUUGCAAGCUCUUAACUUCCUUUCGAUUGUGCUAACUUCAGAAGCCUUAGAUCGAUUUAUUACUGCUUUAUUUAAAAGGACAAUCGCUUUUCAAAUAAUGCCAAAUUUUGGCUUAAGUCUAUUAGAUGAUAGUGUAUUGGAUUCCUUAUAUAGAAGAGAUGGCUCAAAUGUUGUACUUGCAGUAACUCUUGGGUAUAUAAUAAACGCAGCUGUCUGUAUUCCAAUGAGUUUAUUAAAUCUUGAGGAGAAUAUGGGAAUCCAGUAUGCUUCAUUUUAUAUUAUUCUACUAACCAUUAUUCAAAUUUUAGGCACUGGUAUUUAUAGAAUUUACAUGACCCUAAUUGGAGAUAUAAAGUGGAUUGAAAUUAUGGCAAAAGAGAUGUCAAUACCCACAAUACCAACACCUUUUGGACUAAAAAAGUAUGGACAACUAUUUUCAACUUUUAUUGCAGCAUAUAGCUAUGUUAUGCUAAUGCCAUCUUGGGCAAAUGAAAUGAAACCAAAUGUAGAAGUUGAGUAUGUUAUUUGGAGUUCAAAUAUAUUUUGCGCUAUUUUGUAUGCUAUUUUUGGUUAUAUUAUUGGUUUUGCAUAUCCAAAUUGCAAUACAUCAAAUAAUGUUUUUGAAAUAUUGUUAAAUCUACCUUCAACAAGUACCCUAACCAAAGCUUGCAUCAAUAUUUUCAAUAUAUCUACUAUAACCCCAGGAAUAAUGGUCAACUGUAUAACAACUCGCUACAACUUAUUGAAUGGAAACUAUUGCUCUGCAUACUGGGCCAAAUUCUGGGGUGUUUUUGCACCCUUUGCUAUUUCCUGGCUAUUUUCUAGCGAUUACUAUUUUUCAGGAGUUCUUAUUUGGUGUUCUCUUGUAUUUUCACUCAUCUGCAACUUUAUUGCACCAGCUUUAGUUUAUAUUCUUGCUUGUUCUACAUCAGAAAAAUCUAGUGUUAAUCCAACUAGAGCAAAUACGAUCAUUCGACAAUAUGAUUUUAACAAGAAUCAAAACAAAACUAAUUUUAUGAUUCAUCAGCUUUUAAACAAGACUAUUUCCACUUUAAAGAGAUGGGUUAUAGUGAAAAACCAUAAAGAGAUGCAGGUUUUUGAACCAUUUAAUAUGAAAAUAUCACAUCUAAAAUCUUGUGAUUUAAAAUCUGAAAAUAACUAUAGAAAUGAAAAUUUGUUGACUACGCUACUAAAUAUACAAGCUAAAAACUGUAAUUCCAUCAAACCAAUAUGUCCAAGUUGGUAUGGUAGCGGAUUUUCACAAAUGGAUGGAGAGAUAUGGGAUCCUCAUGCAAGUAGUGCUCAUACCUCAAUAUCCAGUGAAAAUAUAAACGAUAGAAAAGUAAGUAGAUUAUAUGAAGCAACUCAAAAAUAUAAUUUAAACUAUAAUAGCAGUCAGUAUAUAUCUGAACAAAAUACAUUAACAGAUAUUCCAGUAAGAAUCUCUGUAUUUCCAUCUGCUCUUGAGAAGUACAAUAUCGAAAUAACUUACAUUAUACUUUUUUUCAUGAUAUUGCUAUGCAUUUCCACAGGAUUUCUCAAUAUAAUUGAAUUUUUUUGGAAUACAGUGUACGAUAUAAAAAGCUCCAAAAACGCCUAG